GCGUCAAUUGAGAAACCGGCCAACAUCCCCGUGGUUCUAGCCUUCCCUAGCGUGCUAUACCAAACUAGGAUCGGUGGCUACCAGGCGGAAUUAUCCUUACCACUUGGAAUGGUCGUGAACGCCGUCUUCAAAAACCAGAAUUGGCUUUACAUCCAGACGCCGCACGCCGAAGAAGGUUACAUCAGCUACGCAGCAUGCAUGCCGUUAGGUAUUAUCCCGUCUUCUGAUGACUCCUCUUCACCAUGUUGGGAAAACAACACGGACGUUUUUCCUAGACCAUCUGGAAACAUGACGGAUACUGAGAAACUGAGCUCCAGGUCCGAUUGCAGCGGAAGCAGAUGUAGGAGUAGACGGUCCCGAAACGCAGCAAGUACUUGCGGUGAGAGGAGCGUGGAUAGGCUGUAUCUCAGGGCUGCGGCUUCUUCAAAGUCCAUGGACGUUCGGCAGACUUUACUCGUGAUUUCCUGCGAUUACGAGAAGGAAAAUGAUAAGACGUUGAGCGUGUGCAAGGGAGAAGUCGUCGCUCUUCUCGGUACCCACUACAGGGGAUGGUUUUGGGUCAAGAAGAAGGAAGGACUCGAAGGUUUCAUUCCUGCGGCGGUCGCAGGUCACGGAUUUUUAUGA